AUGCAGAGCUUCCUGAUGCUCCUGCGUGGGGCGGGGAGUGCUGGUCCGCCCCUUGCUGAGCUAGUGGCCCUUGCUGGCCAGCUGUGUCGGGACCUGCAGGAUGACCCCGCCCAGGUGCAGCCCUUGGUUACAGCAGUGCUGGACAGCCAGCUGCGCCUGCAGCUCCUGGACAACGUUGAUGUGGCCCUGGCAUGUGCUCGCAGGCUGGCUCAGCAGGAGCAGCACCAGGCCGCCUGCCGGCUGCUGGAGGGCUGCCGGGUACCUGGGGGCAGCCAGGAACUGGUGCAGCUCUGGCAUGACAUUCACUAUCUCCUGGCGGCACGGAGGCUGGGCGUGGCCACUCUGACACCUGUGCAGAGGUUCCGCUGCCGGAAGAGGAAUCCCCCACCACCAGCGCUCUGCCCAGAUGGCCCCAGGAGCCGCAACUUCCCCAGGGAGGUUCGCCAGAAGCUGCAGGACUUCGCUGCAGGCGUGAGCGCCAACCCUGGCAAGGUGGAGCGGGAGCAUCUGGCGCUGGAGACGGGCUUGAGCGCUGAGCAGGUGUAUAACUGGUUCGCCAACUUCCGGAGGCGCCGGCGAGCGCAUGUACAGAGCGCAGAGGCAGAGCGGGAGACUCCUGCAUGGGACCCCAGAGGUGGGGAGAGGGGCCCUGCACCCCUUCAGCCCUCAGGCCAUCCCCACACCGGCUCCGGGGUUGUGGACAGGCCUCGGUGGCCAGCAGGACUGGAGGAGAAUGGGCCUGUGCAGGCUGCAGAGCCCCCGGGAGAGUCGUGGGAGCUACUGCCACAGGGCCCAGACUUCCACGAAGCUGAGAUGCUACCGGAGCCAUUGUCCAGGUCCCUGCAGGGUGCUGAGCUGUACCAGGAGGCCCCUGGCCACCAGCCCACCGCUCUUCCUCCAGUCUGCCCUGGCCCAGGCCUGUGCCCUCUGGCUCCUGGUGGCGACCUGCUGGGCCCCCCUCUGGCUCCUCCAGAGUCGUGGUUGAUGCCGCUUGCUCUGGCGUCCUGCACGGAAGUCUCCCUGACCGGACCACUGGUCCCCAGUCCCGACCCAGACCUCACCGUGCGGCCUGUGGACAUUACAGCGACUGUUGCUGCUACAGCCCCCGUUGAGCCUAGUGCCACAGGAUUCUCGGAUCUGCCUGGCACCAUCCCCCAGCGCGUGUACCUGAAGGAGGCCGCCGGUGCCAGCGGUGGCCACGCCGGGGCCCAGAUGGGUAGCUUCCUGGUGGCACCGCCCCCACCACAGGCGCCUGGAUUAGCCCUCGGUCGGAGCCACUCAGAGCUGGCCCAAGCCUCCCCCACCUUCUAUGGUCCGGCAUCUGCUGUGGAGCUGAGCCAGGCCCUGCCCACCGGCCAGGUGGAGUGGCCUGAGGGCCAGGCCUCCAGUGAUGCCUUCUGGGGUGCCAGCAUGCUCCUGGAGCUUUCGGGAGGUAGCCUGGGCUGA